UGUAAAUCAGACAGUUAAUUAUGUUUAUUCAUUUUAUAUUGUUUUCAAUUUUUUGUUGCCUAUUCAUAAGAAGCAAUGAAACUUUAAAACAUAUAUUUUUUGAUGAAAUUUAGUCUUUUACGGUUUUAGUCCAAUAAACAUUUGGCAUUUCGUCCCUGUGGACGAAAAAAUAAAGGUAAGUAAAGAUUAUUUGUAUUAAAAUUCACAGCCUAAAAAAGAAUAGUAUAAUUAAUUAGUUUUUUAAAUUUUUAUUUUGUCUAUUUUUAACUUUGAAAUCGAUUAUUUCAAAAACAAUUGAUUGAAAUAUAUUGAUUAAAAAAACUAGAAUUAAAUUUACAAUUCUGUCUUUCGGAAAUGGUAACAUUUAUAACUGUAAGUGUUGCCGUUUUAAUUAAUUUUUUAAGUGGGGGAGAUAGAUCCCCCUCCCAUAGUAAAAAAAUGAUUGUAUUGAACUCCGCUACAAAAAAUCGCCUGUUGCCUAAGUUGUAGUACUACGUGCCCAAAUUGCAUUUUUGUUCGGUGCCUGAACGUUCGAAUUUCUGUGUCUUUGUUGAAAUCGUAAAAUUGUUUAGCCAAUUUUGAACUGAUUUUCAUAAAAAAUACCUCGUUUGAUUUGGAAAUAAAUAUUAUUUUAUAAUAUAUUUUUAAAACAGCAUGUUGUUUAGAAAGCAUAUACAUUAAAAUGAUGUAGUAGUUGGGUAAAUGACGAAAAAAAUGGAAUUUUAAAACUUUGCCAGCCAAAAGGUCCAAGUGUCUAUCUUAAACUGUAAAGAAAUCUAAAAUGGGUAAAAAUUUGACGAAGCUGAACUUUUUUCAAUGGGUGAAAGUCCAAAAAAACGGGUUUUGACCCUAACUCCAGAUAUUGGGGGUGUUAUGGAGUGUUUAAAAAACGUUUCGUAAUCAGUGCAACUAGCUCUACAAAUCGUGAUGGGUCUCCGCCCGCGUUUAUUUUGAGUGUUACACAGUGUAAUUGUUCGAAAAAUGUUUGCAGGGUGUUUAAAUCCAGUCCUGGGCUGGUGAAAAUUUUCGGACCAUUAAGUUUACGGGCCAAAUUUCAAAAUUCGGAGGAAUUGUUACACAUGACAAGCUGCUUGGGCUUCAACAUAGUCUUUAUUCUAUUAAGCCGGACUUAAGAAAGCCCUCUCCCCUUAUCAAACGAAGGUGUUCCCUAAAUGUUAUUUUUACUCGUCGUUGUGGCAUGCUUCUUUAAAACAUUUUUUCAACUUUGUUUAAACUUUUUAUGUAUUUAUUUAUUUAUUUCGUACCCGAAAUAGGGUUGGUGUCAUCAAAAUGUAAAAAUGCCAUGACUCGACUUCAUCCAAAAACACAGUAUCUGCAGAUUGGCUGCAUGUGAAGUUUCCUUUCAAGCAACAAGCUCUACUUGACCUCUUGACUUGCAAUAUCUUAUGAAUUUUGUGAUUAUUUUAAUGGCUAAUGGAGUGGGGAGCACGGUAGUUCACAUUAUACUGUUGGGUAGACUGAAUUGCAAUCGACUUGUUUUAGUAUUUAUUUACCUUUAAACGUCUCAAAAGCGUAAAUCCUCUACCAGAAGUUAUAGAAAACAUUUUGGAAAAAGAUAAAACUUUUUCAAACAUUUGCGUUUGUUGAUCCUUCUGCAAAAAGUACUUCAAUAGUCAUGUUUUAAUGAUGACAGUAAAUCAAGAUAAGCUCCAAUUAUAUUAAGUGUUCUUCUUGAUUCAUUCAAACUUCUUUUUAUCAUAAAAUUCUGCAAAUAUGAAUGAACUAAUUAGCCAAAUUCAAAGUUUAUUCAAAAUUUUAUUGUGCUAACUUUAAUUCUUUUAUCAUUAUAUCAAAAUUUCUUAUCAAUGAAUGCGCAAAGUGAUAAAAUGCUAAGAUAAAAGACACAAAAUCAUUUGGGGUCCAGUUGCAAAAAUGCCUCCUAACGGGUUUGAAGUGCAUUCGAAAACAAAACAAAAGUCUUUAGAUAUCGAAGCUAAGCAAGUUGUUAAAGAAUGGUCUAUAGAAGAUGCCCUCAAUUUGAUUGGUACGUCAACAUUAUUUCUAUAAGAAAAAAGUUUGAUUUUAUCGUUUGUCGUGAUUAGGAUUUGGAAGAGUUCAGUGGGAAGUAUUAUUCGUCAUUGGUGUUCUUCUAAUGAUGAUUUUAAAUGAAUAGAUGGGAAUGAGUAUGAUCAUAAUUGCAGCUCAAUGUGAUUUCGAUAUUAACUCAAUGGAAAAAUCUAUAAUGUGUGCAGCAUGUGUUGCUGGUAUUGUUACGGCAUCAUAUGUUUUGGGAUAUCUAUCAGAUAUUUCUGGAAGGCGAACUGUUCUUUUUCGAGCUUCAACUUUUGCUGUAGUAUUUUCAUUUAUUUCAAUGUUUGUUUCUAACUUUUGGGUUUUUGUAGUGCUGCGUUUUCUAGCUGGAAUCGGAAUUGCUGGAGCAUCAGCAGCUACUUACCCAUAUUUGGGAGAAUUUACUACAGCGAAAUACCGUCCAGUAGUUAUUAACUACGCCAGUAUAUUUGUCGGAAUAUCUGCUGUUUACUGUCCAGGUAAUCUUUUAAAUAAAAACUUUUUCUAAAGAUUUCAAAAGAAAAAUCUGUUGAUUCAACAGAUUAUGUUUUUGGGAUGAAAAUGAUGAAAAAAAUGUUAAGCGAACAUUUU